AUAAAAAGUAACUAACUAAAAAUCCUGUCUUUUUUUCUUUUUCUUUCUUCGAUUAAACUUGCGAUGGCGAAGAGGAUACACCUGACGGAACUAGGCUGCAUCGCGUGCGAGGAACUCACCGAGCUCGGCGCGGGUAAAGAAGGGUGGCUCGUGAACAAUCCAAACCUUAUCUCCGCACUCGAUUCCCACUCUAUAGCCCUAGCCCAUCGAUUCCUCAUCCUGAUCGUGAAUUGGGCUGAUCCCGACUCUCUUCGCGUCAAGAUCAGACCCGAUCUGUCUCCCAUCGAGGCGGAAUCUAUCACAGCGAUCGAGUGGUUAGUGUUUGACGACGUCAGAGUCGUCCUCGCCGGAACCUCCUGUGGUUAUCUCCUGGUUUACUCUAUUGCCGGUGAUCUGAUUCAUAAACAGUUGGUGCAUCCUAGCCGUAUAUUGAAACUAAGAGUACGUGGCACUAAGAAAGAUUUGAUGCAAGAGACAUCCUCUGAGGAGAUUAGCAUUGUGUUGCCUGGCAUUAUUGCUCGCUUUGAUGGCUCCAACAUUCAGAGUAUGCUUCAGAAAUGGUUUCAAGAAAAAAAUCAAACUUUUGGGACCAGAAGAGUAAAAAGUGAUUCGGAAGAUACUGGGA